AUGGCAUCGAUCCCUGUGAUCAUUGGCGUGGCUGAUGUCAAGAACAAAACGGGCCAGCACAAGGAGCCUGCGAAUCUCAUGCUUGAGGCUAUCCUAUCUGCAAUAGAGGAUACCUGCUCCCCAAAGGACCAGCUCAGAUCCCAGAUAGAUGCCAUCGACGUGGUGAGGACGUGGACAUGGGCCUACGCAGAUCUUCCCGGGCUUCUAUCCGAGAAGCUGGGCCUUAGGCAGAGACCAAAAUGGACGCGUUAUACCGCAACCCAUGGUGGAAAUCAACCUGCAAAGCUGGUGGACGAGGCUGCUGUGCGCAUCGCCAGAGGAGAGACGACAGUGGCGGUUGUGACAGGAGGUGAAGCCCUGGCUUCAUUGACUGCAAGCGCAAGGGCAGGCAUUGCAGAGCCACCAGGCUGGACCAAGCCUGACACUCCGGUCCAGGACGUAGCCUUCAGACUCCUCACACAGCUGCAAUUAGAGAAUAUCGGUGGCAUACAUUCCAUCGGCGCCCCAAUACACAUAUACCCCCUUUACGAAAAUGCAUUCCGUGCACACCGUGGACAGACACCUCGUGAGAACAACGACGAGUCGGCCAGUUUAUACGCAGAUUUCGCCAAGGUUGCCGCGGAGAACCAAUACUCAUGGAACUAUGGAAAACAACCCACCAGCAAGGAAGAAAUAGGGACCGUAUCCCGCAGGAACAGGAUGAUUUGUUCACCUUAUCCACUGCUCAUGAACGCCUUCAACACCGUCAACCUGGCCGCUGCUUGCAUACUCACUUCUGUCGAGAAGGCAAAGGAGCUUGGUGUUCCCGAGGAGAAGUGGAUAUAUCCUCUAGGAGGGGCCGGGAGGAAGGAGAGGGAGCAUUUCUGGGAGCGUCCCAAUUUCUUCCAUAGCGAAGCGAUAUCCUUGGCGCUGGACGACUGUAUGGCAUCAUCAGGAGUCAAAAUUGAUGACAUUGAUGCUCUUGACUUGUACUCAUGCUUCCCCAUUGUCCCUAAGCUCGCAUGUCAUCAUCUCGGUCUGCCGGUCCUCAACCCUAUCAAGCCCCUUACUCUACUGGGGGGGUUGACAUCUUUCGGAGGUGCAGGGAAUAACUACUCGAUGCACGCCAUCACCGAGAUGUGCCGCCAGAUCAGACACGGCAAGUUUCGGAAGGGGCUGGUGCUUGCUAAUGGCGGGGUUCUCUCGUAUCAACAUGCCAUCUGUCUAUCUUCAGUAUCGAGAGGGCAUGGCUCGUUCUAUCCAGACAGCCGUGUGAGUUCGGACGCGGUUGUUGAUGAGCCAGCUCCGACGGUCGAGACCUUUGCAGAAGGAGAAGCACUUAUCGAGACGUACACUGUUGAAUUCGGCCGCGAUGGAAAGCCAGAAACGGCUUUCAUUAUCGGCAGACUAGAAGCCAAUGGCCGCCGCUUCGUUGCGAACCACGGAGACCAGCGGACGCUGCAACGAGUCUCCUCUGCGCUCGAAGAGCAGGUCGGCAAGAAGGGCUAUGUGUCGAUCAUGCGCACGAGCAAGGGCGAGCCGGAACGGAACCUCUUCUUUUUGGGACCCAAGCCGGGAUUGUAG